AUGGCGGAUUUCACCGACGAUUUGGAAAACUGGAUGGGAAGGUUGCCGGCGGAAUUGAAAGAUGUACCGAUUAUCAACCUGGCCAUUCCUGGCUCACACGAUACUAUGUCGUACGGCAUAAAGAACCAGGCAGCGGUCGCGCCGGACGCGGAUCCGGCGGUAGAAACGUUGAACAAAUUCAUCCCCUGCGUAGUUCGACGGUGGGCUGUAACGCAACGGUACACCAUUGUCGAGCAGCUCAAGUGCGGAGUGAGAUAUUUCGAUUUGCGAAUUUGCAUGAAGCGGCCCGAAAACAAGUUUUACUUCGUGCAUGGUCUGUUUUGCGAAGAAAUUAUGGACCCACUGGAGCAGCUGAAGGAUUUUCUCCGUACGCAUCCGAAGGAGUUCGUCGUGCUGGACUGCCAACACUUUUAUCUGUUCAACCCGACCGACCACUGUAUGCUGUCGGCAGAGCUGAACCGUUUCUUUGACAAGAAAAUCUAUUCUCGCAAUGUUAACCAGCUGAAGGACUGCACGCUGGCGUCGGCCACGGCUUCGGGCAAGCAGGUGCUGAUCGUUUACCGUAGCGAUGCGUGCGUUAACGAUCGCUUCUGGCUCAGUCAAGACUGGCCGACCCCGUGGCCAAACGAGAUCAACGUAAAAAAGCUGCAGCAGUAUUUGGACGAAUCGCUGGCGCAACGUACUUCCGACACCGGGUUCGUAUCGCAGUGCGUCCUGACGCCCUCCGUUCGCUACAUCGUGCCCCGGUUCAUGUCGUCACUGCGUGCCACGUGCGCCAAAACGGUCGACAAACAGCUGAUGGAGUGGAUCAAACUACAAACGCCGGGCUCAUUCGAGGGAGAGGACAAACCGCGGACGAACGUAUUUUUGGCAGACUUUGUCGACAUCGCGGACAACCAGUUCUGCCGAGUGGUGAUAGGAUUGAACAGGAAGCUUUUAGACAAGGAGAGCAACAGUGCGCAGAGCUCACCGUCGAAAAAGAGUCUGUAAAUGGAAGGAAGGAAGGCCAGACUUGGUCUCUCAACUUGAUAUAUGAACUUUAGUAGAUUAGAAAAAGGAAAAAUCUGUCACAUUUUAAGGAGGACACACAGGCUCUCUCUCAAUGCCUCUUUGGCGUACAAUUAAGACAAAAAGGGAUAUCAUCUUUUCGCGGCUAUGGUUUAAAUGGACAUUUGAAAAAUGCUAUUUUGGCAAUUAACGCUCAAACAUUAGUCAACGCACAAUUACUUUCGCUCUGUGAUUUAUUUUUUGCUCCUAGACACUUAAGUAGCA